AUGGAAAAUAAUAAUGAGAUAAUUGUAAACUUAAAAAAAUUUGAAAAUACUGCUACAACUUCUGAAAGUAAUGAUGAAGUAAAAACUGCAAUGGAAAGUAAUAAAAAUCUAUCUACGACUACUAAAAUUAAUGAUGAAGUAAAAACUAGUACGGAAAAAUACGAAACUACAACUGAUGAUGAUUCUAGUAUUCUAAUGCCUGAUGGAAAAGUUACAGGAAUUCUCAUCGAAGAUGCACGGCCCGAAUUUCCUAAAUUUCCAUAUCCGAUGCCUUCCGAAUCUUCAAAUUACAUCGAAGAUUUAGUGGCCGAAACUUUCGAGUACCAAAUUCCAAAAGUUGGUAGCGAAUUAAACGAUUUAUCGAAUGAUAUCAUCGAUUUCGAUAGCAAAUAUUCAAAAAAUGAUUUUUAUGACUUCGAAUUUGAUAAUCGAAUUAACGGCAAAUCGAUUAAUAACCCGAUUAAUCCUACCUAUGGUCUUAUUAAUUCAAUUUAUCCCAUUAUUCAUUCCACUUAUUCUCUGACUGGAUUGAAUGAAACCGUUAAUCCUAUUAAUGCUAUUAAUGAGCCAAUUAAUCAGUCCAAAAACUCUAUUAAUUCUACUAGUGAACCCAAAAAUCUUAUUAAUCCUAUUAACAAGCUCUUUGAUGAGCCUAUUAAUCAUACUAAUGUACCUAUUAAUCAUAAUCUUUCUGAUGAAUCCAAAAAUUUGAUUAAUGGAAUUAAUUUUCCCAUUAAUGAGCCUAAAUAUCUUCUUAAUGAACCUAUUAAUCGUAUUAGUGAACACCCAAAUCCUGUUGCUUCUACUAAUGAACCCAUUAAUCCAAUGAAUGGACGUAUUAAUCUCAAUAAUGAACCCAUUAAUCCGAUUAACGGACGCGUUAAUUCUAAUCAUGAAACCAUUAAUCAGAUGAAUAGACGCAUUAAUCUCAAUAAUGAACCCAUUAAUUCGAUUAACGGACGCGUUAAUUCUAAUCAUGAAACCGUUAAUUCCAUUAACGGACGCGUUAAUUCUAAUUAUGAAACCGUUAACCCGAUUAACGGAAGCGUUAAUUCAAAUCAUGAAACCAUUAAUCAGAUGAAUGGUCGCAUUAAUCUCAAUAAUGAACCCAUUAAUCCGAUUAACGGGCGCAUUAAUCUUACUAAUGAUCAUUCAUUUAAUUUGAAAAAAGAAGAAACUUACAUCAUACAAAUUGAAUUAACGUUAAUUAACGACACCAUUAAAUUAAUAACAAUCGAAUCACAUGAUCCACUACCUCAAUUAACUGAUAUUCAAUUAAAACAAUUAAUUAACGACUUACGCAAUGAUUUGACGGAUACUAAAUCUACAAAAGUUAUUAAUGUCAUUAAUUCUGAUAAAAAAUUAAAGCUACUCGAUAUGAUUAAUAUAUUCAUGAAUCCUGGUCCUUUCUUCAAUAAUUCGAUGUAUCGAAUUAAGAAACCGAUUAAUCUAAUUAAUGAUAAAGUUACCAACGUCCACUUGAAUUUAACGUUAAUCGAUGGCGAAAUUAAAUUGAUAACAAUAAAAUCAUCUGAUUCGUUAAUACGAUUAACGGAUGAACAAAUUGGAAAAUUGAUUAAUGAGUUACGCAAAUUUUUAACGGAUACUAAAUCGUUAGGAAUGAUUAAUGCGAACAAUAGUAAGGGAGAGAAAGUUAAUUCUGCCGAUUUUAAUGAUUUAUUUAAUCGAUUAAUGUCCUAUAAACCACCGAUUAAUCAUCAUCAUGUUGAGUCUCACGCAGUUGCGAUUAAUCGAGUGAUUAAUGAAGCUAAUAAUGGGAUUAAUAAAAAAAUUUAUGAACCGCGACCUGCAGAAUUCGACCACCCGAUGGCUCGAUUGAUUAAUCAGCAUAAAGUUUUCAAAGAUAGAUUGAUUAAUGACAUUAAUGAAUCAUUAAUGAGAAGUAAACGCGAUACCAAGGCUGAAAAAUUUACGCGACUUGAUGAAACUGCGAUGGAAGAAUUGAUCAAUCGAAAAAUAAAAAAACGCGAACAGGGAAAGGUCGAAAUUGAUAUGAAUAAAAUUCUUAUGAUUAAUAAUGAAGGCGAAUUAAUUAUCAGAGAAUCAGUUAAGAGGAAAUUGGGAUUAAACAAUAGUAAAAAAAAAUAUACUGACCUUAAUGAGCUGUUUACGGACUAUCUUAAAAAACAAGAUGGCGACGAGGACGAUGAUGAAAUCGAAGACGAUUUUUAG